GAAGCCCCCUUCCCAAAUACUGUAACCCCCACCGAUUGUUAGACGCUUCCGUGGGAGUUAGAGCGGAGAGGGGCUCGAAGGGCCACUCCUUAACAACCCGGGGCUAAGACGGGGCGUGGAAAGGAACGGCCAGAGACGCGGCGACAGCGCCAGGCGCAUGGGAAGUACAGGGGACACGUCUGCCGGACUCGGCUGCCGCGCCCUUGACCUCUACUUCCAGCUGGGGACCUGGGCGGAGGAGUAAUUAAGAAACCCACGAACUGACUAGCAACGGAGGACAAGCCUGUGGUCUCCUACGCGGUCCUUCUGCCCUCUCUCUCGUCCGCUCCAUGCCCAAGAGCUGCGCUUUGGAGCCAGGGCGAGAAGAGCCAUGGAGGAGCCAGGCACUCAAUGCGCCCCACCGCCGCCUGCGGGCUCCCUGGCCGAGGUUCCGCAAGCCAACCUCUCCGCUGCUCGCUCCCCCAACUGCAGCGCCGAAGACUACAUUUACCAGGACUACAUGGCCUUGCCCUGGAAAGUGCUGCUGGUCAUCCUCCUGUCACUGUUCACCUUGGCCACCACGCUCUCCAAUGCCUUCGUGAUCGCCACUGUGUACCGGACCCGGAAGCUGCACACCCCGGCCAACUACCUGAUCGCCUCCUUGGCAGUCACCGACCUGCUCGUGUCCAUCCUGGUGAUGCCUAUCAGCACCAUGUACACUGUCACCGGACGCUGGACGCUGGGCCAGGUGGUCUGCGACUUCUGGCUGUCGUCGGACAUCACUUGUUGCACUGCUUCCAUCCUGCACCUCUGUGUCAUCGCCCUGGACCGCUACUGGGCCAUCACAGACGCCGUGGAGUACUCAGCCAAAAGGACUCCCAAGAGAGCGGCAGUCAUGAUCGUGCUGGUCUGGAUCUUCUCCAUCUCCAUCUCUCUGCCACCCUUCUUCUGGCGCCAGGCCAAAGCCGAGGAGGAGGUGUCGGACUGCGUGGUGAACAAAGACCACGUUCUCUACACGGUCUACUCCACCGUGGGCGCUUUCUACUUUCCCACCCUGCUCCUCAUCGCCCUCUAUGGCCGCAUCUAUGUGGAAGCCCGCUCCCGGAUUUUGAAACAGACGCCCAACAGGACCGGCAAGCGCCUAACUCGAGCCCAACUGAUAACCGACUCCCCCGGGUCCACAUCCUCGGUUACCUCCAUUAACUCGCGGGCUCCCGACGUGCCCAGCGAAUCCGGGUCUCCUGUGUACGUGAACCAAGUCAAAGUGCGAAUCUCCGACGCCCUGCUCGAAAAGAAGAAACUCAUGGCCGCUAGGGAGCGCAAAGCGACCAAGACCCUGGGGAUCAUUUUGGGAGCGUUUAUUGUGUGUUGGCUGCCCUUCUUCAUCAUCUCUUUGGUGAUGCCUAUUUGCCAGGAUGCCUGCUGGUUCCACCUGUCCAUCUUUGACUUCUUCACGUGGCUGGGUUAUCUCAACUCCCUCAUCAACCCCAUCAUCUAUACCAUGUCCAAUGAGGACUUCAAACAAGCGUUCCAUAAACUGACCCGCUUUAAGUGUACAAGUUGACUAGUCAUUUGCAGUGGGGUCGCCUAAGUGGCCUUUGGGUACCAAUUUGAGUCUGGUUCCACAGGUAGGUCGACUCUUCUUUCACUGUUACUGGGUCAGAAUGAGGCUCUCCUGGGCAAGGGCAAUGGAUCCUGAGAAGCCAGGACAGACCAGAGAGAGCACUAAAAGGAGAACUGUUCAAACUAAAAGUAGCGCUUCCCUGCUAAGGAGGAAGCUCACUGCCUCCCCCAGGCCCCCAGACUCAGCAAUGACCCUAAGGCAACCAAUCAGAAGGGAGGUUGCACCUUUUUUUUUUUUUAAGUUGAUGGAAAAGUGAUCUUUGCCCUGCUUUGGUAUCAUGGAUGAUGCCCUCCAGAACCAGCAGUACAUAAUAGUUGUCUGAAGCCUGUCUGAGACAGAUCUACAUAUAGCCUGGCAGUACUUGAACUAGAUGUUUAAUACCCAGUGUUUUGGGGAGAACUUUGUGUUACAGCUUCAUUUAAGAACAGUUACUUUGGCAUCCUUCAGUCUUCAGUUUUUGUUCAUUUAAACUUGGUUGGAGAAACUUGUGGAUUUGGUGCUUCAAACCUUAAGUGUGAUGUGGAUGGCGCAGAGAAACCUUGGAAGAGUUACCAGAAAAAUCCUGAUGCUAAAAUUUCUAUGUUUAUUACAAUUGACACUAAAUGGAGGUGGGUGGGAAUGGGAGAUGGGGAGAAGUAAACUGAGAACCAACACCUAUGAUUGUUUGUUUUCUGCAGAUUUAUAAUUUUUUGAUUCCUGUUUAGCUGUUGUCAGACCACAUUUUUAACAACACAAACAAAACAUCAUGUGUGCUAGUGCCAAAGUCUGCAGAUUGCUUUAUUUUUCCUCCUAAACUCGUAUACCUGCAAUUUUACACAUUUAAAUCCCCAUAGAUGGAGGGUAUGAUGGGUGACUCAGCCCAAACAGCUAGUGUAUUUCGUAUUGAUGCAAUCAUUUAAAUUGAUUAAUACUAGAUAAAUACUGCUCCUUAAUAAGAAGAGUGUCUUUAUUCCUUAAACAAUUCAGUGAGCUGUCAAGGAGACUGACGAUAUAGGAAGGGUUCUUACAUGAUUAAAGAAUGGAGGGCAAUAGGAGAAUGUAUAUUUUGACUUGUAAAAAAUCUUAAAAUGCAUGAGGCUUUUUUCUGAUUGUCAUUUGCACUCUCCUUUCCAUCUGUAAUUCCUUUGUGUGCUAAAAUAUAAAGUA